GUAUGUGCUGGUCCCGCGGAGUAGUGAACGCGAGGAGGCGGUAAACGUUUCGCGGCGCCGCCGAUCGUCACUCCUGUUCUCCCGAUCGUUCCUCGGAUUCGGCUCAAACGACUCGCACUUUUAGUCGCGCGCGAGCGGUCGAGCGCUCUGUCGAUCUCGCGCCACACGCGCUCCGUCCACUUGGUCGGCUUCGCACCCGAUCGCCGUGAUCCCCGUGGAUACCCGCCGGAGACCGGAGCCCGGAGCCCGGAGCUGCUGACUCGCCGCGCAGAUUUGCAUAAAAUCCUCGCGUGAAUGACCCCAUGCUGCGCCACGAUGUCGCCGGCGCUGUUAUUGAAAUGUAUCCUGGCGACGUGGCUGUUCAUCAGCGUAGGAGCCAUCACUGUAUCGAUAGAUCGCGCGGACAUUAAAGCCCCACCCACUCGGUCAUCAAUGAUCGCGAACGGAUGGCGGCCGUUGACCAACUCAUACGAGGAGACGAUCGGCAUGAACGUGUCGCCGUCGAGCCAGCUGGAGAAGAACGUGCAGGUGCACCCGGUCCUGAGUAAGGUGCAGGAGCACAUGGCGACGUCGGAGAAGCUGAAGCCGCCGCGCAAGGGCAAGCCGCCGAUGCACGAGUACAAUCCGCCGAGCAUCCUCGGCAGCUUCAGCGUGUUCGGCCACGCAGCGACCAAGGCACGCGGCGAGACCAAGGCGCCGAGCAAGUACGUGGCCUCGGCGACGCAGGAGUACACCUUCCUGAUACCGCCGCCCAAGGACGCGUACCGCUUUGAGGUGAACCAACACCGCAAGCCGAUCCUGCGCGACAACGCCAACUACCUGCGCCAACCGCAGCAGCCGUACGUCGCGCCGCAGUCGACAUCGGUGGUCCAUCAGCAGCAGCAGCAGCAGCAGCAGCAGCAGCAGCAGCAGCAGCAGCAGCAGCAGCAGCAGCAGCAACAGCAACAGCAACAGCAACAGCAGCUGGAGCCGAUACGCGCCGGGACCUACUACAUCAAGGGCUACACCACUAAUCGUCCCUACGUACCGCCCUUCGCCAUGCCGCAGGCGCUGCAGCCGCCUCGUCACCACCAGGCGAAACCGUUCGAGUCGCUCAAGGUCGGCGGUAACGCGAAACCGUACUUCCAGCCGCCGCUCGCGGACGUAUCCGGCGACUUUGGCAACAAGCAGAAGACCGGCAACGACCGUGACGCCUAUAACGACCACCGCUACCAGGUGGUGGCGCAGUCGCACAACGCCCAGGUCCUCAGCUCGGCGAGCAGCGGCAAUUUCUACAGCCAAAUCAACCACCACUCGCCCAGCCACUUCAAGUCCACGUACGAGCGAGACCCGGCGUUCCUGGUUCACGAGAGCCACGAGGUGAGCUACGUCACGCCGUCCGGCACGUACAACGCGUACAACUUCCGGCCGUCCUUGCCGUACGAGACCCUGUUGCCCCCGGCGGUUUACUCAUCCUCGUCGACGUUGCCGCCGACCACCACCGCGGUGACCCCGCGAGCCCCCGCGCGAGAACACGACUACAAACGAACGGACCAAGCAACGAGGAACAAACAGGACAAGGGUGGUCACACCGAGUUGCCGAGCUCGCGGACCACCGGCACCUACUAUGUUUCGGAACACCGGGAACUCACACCGUCGUCCACGUGGCCGAAGAACAAGUACACGUCCGACAUCAACGAGGUGCUGCCGCGGGAGAAUCCGCCGGGCAAAUUCAGCCAAGAGAUCGAUACCCAGAAUCAGGUCGCUUACCGCAGACCGCACAAUCCCUACGAGCCGGUCGAGGUUUACCCGCCGACGACGGUGGAGUACGAGACGCCGGAGAGCAUCUCGUUGAAGCACUUCAACGAGCAACAGUACCUGCUGCAGCAACAGUUGCUGCAACGCGACCGAGAGCAGCUGGCGGAGCAGGAGCGCCAGCAGAAGCUGGAGAUCGAGCGGCAGCAGCAGGAGGAGCUGAAGAAGCGGCAGCAGGAGCUGAAUCAGCUUCUCCAGCAGGAGAAAGAGGAGCAAGAGGAGGAGGAGGCGGCUAGGUUAGCCGCCGAGUCUGCGAAGAAUCAGUCGCAAGAGCUCAUCAAGAUCAGCGAUAUGCCUUACACGAUUCAACUGGCGCAAUUUGAGCCGCAGAUCACCACCGCCGAUCCCAGCAUCCUGCUCUCGCAGCCCGGCAUUUACAACGUCGAGCAGCUGCGAGUCCAGCCUCAGAUCCCGGAGAAUCAAGUGAAUUACCCGUAUCAGCAGCACUUCCAGAACGAGUACCAAGAGCAACAGGUCGACUAUCGCGACCCUCAAGCUGAGAGCCGGCCGUACCGUCCGCAGAAACCGUCUCGCGAUCAGCAUCGUCGCAAAAAACCGACGACCGCUUCGACCUACGAGCUCGCGCCAACCGAGCCGCCGAGCCAACAGUCAGACACUUCCGUCCCUUUGACCCUGCACGUGGAGGAAGUACCCGUCCAAACGACCGUAGCACCGGAAUCGCAAACUCUACCAACGGUGACCACGCAAAAGUCCUCCAGGACUCGUCGGCCGGGUUCCUCGCAUCGACGGAGAAAGCCGUCGACGACCACUCAAGAACCCGUCACCGAGUCGCAGCACGAGGAAGACUUCCUCAAGUAUAACCGAGGCGGCGAAGACACGCAGGCGAACCACCAUGAAUCGUCCCGAAGAAGACGCAUCAAGCCUACCCAGGCGACUUACACCGGUGACGACACCGGCACGGAGAAGAGAACCAACUCCAGGAAACGACCCAGUCACCGCACGAGAGUGAACCAGCUGAGCGAGUCGUACGACGCGCAGGUCGUCACCGACAACUCGCAGCCUCUGACCUCCUACGGGCACGAAAUCGUGGAGGAGUACAACAACGAGAACAAGCAGUUCGCCACCAGCCAGCCGAGCGUCCCCUACGGGACGGCUCAGCAGGAUGAACAAUACAUCACGAAUCAGCCGAUCAAUCAGUACUACGAUUACACGUCACAGCUGAGCGAAGGCUACCGCGAAGAGCACCGCGAAGACACCACCGCGCCACCCGUCCAAGUGGAGUAUUACGGCACAGAGCGCAGCCGCGACAAGGUGGUCGAGUCUUACAACGCCGGCUCGCGGCAGCAGAACGGGAACAUCGUCACCAGCAUACCGCUGGAGGAGCUCUACGUGCGAACCGACGACGGUAAUUAUUACGACCGAGCGACCACAGCCGCGCCGACGAGCACGACCACGACGACGGCGACGACUACUACCACCACCACCAGCACCACGACCACGACCACCACCACUCCGCGACCGACGACGCAGAGCGCCCAGGUAAUCUCCUCCACGCUGAGGUCUCACAAGAUCCGCCCGUUGAGGUACGGCAAUGCCACCAGACCGCGCUUCAGCAUCAAAGACUACAAGAGUCGCUUGGAUUACAAGAGCAGAGUGCAACAACAGACCUCGACAACGGAGUCGCCGUCGAGCUCCACCACGGAGACGUCUAUUCGAUCUCCUUACAAGCAGAGGACGUCGAGCGCGAGGACCCAGCAGCAGCAACAGGUUCAACAGCCCACUGCUGCUGCUGCUGCUGCUGAGCCCGUGAGGGAGACCACCGGUCGGUACAAGUACGUCUCCAGGAUGAAUUACCGCAGCACCACGCCCGCGAGCGGCGCGACGAAGGAGCACGAACGGCUCCUCGAGGAGAGCGCGUCCUCAACGACCGAGAAGAGCAACAGGUUCGUGCCGAAGAGACGGCCGAUCAGCGGCAACGUGUACCGCAGCAGGAUCGCCUCCACCACGAGCAGCCCGACGCGGUCUCAGGUGAACGGCGAGACGAACGCGCGACAGAGCUCGGUGAGACCCGAGAACGUGUACUCGUCGUCGAUACGGAGGCGACCAGCCGCCAAGAGCCGGCCGCAGCACCCGCACAAGGAGGCGGUGGCAGCCGCGGUGGCGAACGCGCACCCGGAACGGCGACGGCAGCAGGAGUCUACGGAGAUGGCCGCUGAGGAGACCAAUUUCUACUCGGCCAUGAGCACGACGGCCGCGUCGACGACUCGUCUCGUGGCCAACGAGAUCGUCAGCGAGAAGGGGGAGGCCGUGACGUUGGACACUCACCCGGUGAAACUCGGCGUGCAGGAGAACAAGAACGAGGGUCAGAACCGGCUGCAGCCCAACGGCAGCAGCAUUCUGAUGGACGAGGAGAAGGAGGACGAGAAGCAGGACAAGAAGAAGGAAGAGAUGGUGGUGGUGGUGAGAGCUCAGUCGCCGGUCGAACCGAGCGGCGAUCGGCAUGGCGACAGCAAAGUCCAACCGACAGAGCCAACUGCCUCCGAGAACGACCGCGGCGAGAAGGCGGAAGGAUCGCGGAAGGAAGCGGAGGCGAAGGCGGAGGCGAAGGCGGAGGCAGAGACGGAGACGGAGAUCACGACCAAGUUUGACGUGCGCUCGAGCGACGAGGAGGAGCUGUUCGCCAAGGCGUCGCAGAGCGUGGCGGAUCUGACGAGCUCCGCCUCGGCACUCUACGACAAGCCCGGCAUGUUCAAGGCGGUCUCGCCCGAGAGCCGGCUCGUGUCGCCCGCGCACUUCAAGAUCACCACCGACGAGCCGACCUUGCCGAUCGAGGCAUUCUUCCAGGAGCUCACCAAGAAGAACUGACGUCUCCUCGCUCUUCACGGGCUCGGAGCGGAACGAUUGUACUUUGAUUACCGGCGAACCGCGUGACCCCGACAAUCUCGACGAGCGGCGUGUGACUCCAAGGCGGGAGACUCCUCGCUGGAGGAGGCGCGAUUAGGGCACGUCAGGGGGACUCGACACAUGUCGCGGUGCGCUUUUCAAGAGUCGUGUCUUCCCGACGCGGCGCACGGAGCGACGGGAAGAUUUCACACGCCGCGUUUCGUGUCGGUCGCUUAGUCGUUAGUCCUGGUUUCAGGGUACCGUGAGGGACUCGCGCGUGCGUUACAUGUAACAUCCCGAGCAGAAGUCAAAUACGGCAAUUUUUUAUGCCUGAUAUGCCUGAUAAGACCAGGCAGGUCGUAAGAAGGCAUUUCGAGUGGUCCUUAUCCGGUCAGAAUGUUGGCAAUUGUCUUGCAAUAUUUUCCGGAUUAUACCCUGACCAGCGAUGACGUCAUUAUUUGGAUGCCUGAUUUGGUCCCCUGAUUUGGACAUUUCAUCAGAGGUUUCUCGAUUUCGGGCAAUUUUAUCAGCAGUGCGUUUCACUCCUUAUCACGUGCCGGAUCCGAUGAAGUUAUCCGGGCCCUAUUUGAAGUUUCGAGGCCGGAUGGGGUUUUAAUACGGCCGUGGGACGAUGUUCUGCUCGGGAUAGUAGCGUGUGUCCCCGUUUUCGCUUCGAAAUUAUCGUCAUCGCGCCGUUUCCUGCGCCGUGCGAAUCCGAGAACGUCUCGGGACGCGGCGAGCUCAUGCGCGGGAUUCGUCGCGUCCUGCGUCUACAGAUACUCGAGAUACACUUAGGGAGAAGCGUUCUUCACGAUCAGACGUUGUACCAAAAGAGAAAAGGGGAAAAGGAGGGAAGAGCGGUGUCAGAUCUGCGGAGCAAGCGCCGCCGACGAAGCAACCCCGGAGACGAGCACAGUCCUUCGUUCCUUCGUUCGCGAAAGGAAGUCUUGGCAGGACCUCGCGGGAUGUGCAAUACUUGCGAGAGGGUGAUCCGAUUUGCUCGUAAUAUAUUCGUAUACGUCUCUUUUUGUACCUUUGUACCGUAGAUUAAUCUCGCCGGAGGGAAGAGGGAGAAGCGAGAGAAGCAGAAGAAGAAGAAGAAGAAGAAGAAGAAGAAGAAGAAGAAGAAGAAGAGGAGGAGGAGAAUACCAAAAGUAAAUAUCGCGCGAAUUCGCGAAUGGUGUAAUGUAACAACAACGACAAGCACGGAUAUAACUAACAAUCAGGAAGGUCUCGUUAGCGUAGUUGUGCGAAUCACACGCCAUCGUAUUUAUUUCAAAGCGUGCGACGUCAUUCUCGAAGUCAUCUCGCUCCUAACAAGCCACGUUGUUCCCGCAGCACGUACGUCGGGAUACUUAACUUAGCUAGGAGAUAACGAAACACACGGUCGAUGUACGCUCAUUGUUCUUACCAUUAUUUAUAUGUACCCAAUAUAAUCUCGUUUUGUACGUUGUAAAAUGUAAAUAAAUACAUGUCCAAACAACUAAGAGAGGAACAGUCGUACUUGUGUGGGACGUAGGGGCGGGGGGCAAGGGGGAGAUUUUGACAUUUACCUCGCGGCUGGACGAAUCAAGGGGAUUGAGGGACGCUUGGAACAACAAGUCACACGCACACAUCGAGGAGACACCACCGAGUCUUGAUUUGAUAAUUCGUUUAAUAUCGUUCAACCCUAUAUUCGAGUCACGGCGAAUAGUUACAUUGCGCAUAAUCGUCAACAAGUAAAAUAUUAUUUCGCGACUCACAACGCAGGAGGUCUCGGAGCGGCCCGCGAGCUCGUUGCGUGAAUAUUUUAAGGAGGCUACUCGGCGGGAUUGGAAAAAGC